CAUUAGUUGUUUAAAAUUUGUAGUUUCAAUUACACCAAAGAUGAGAGUAUUUUUGGUAUUUACGGCUCUCAUAGUGACUGCCCUAGCGAGGCCCGAAGCAGGAUAUUCAUAUAAUCGACCAAGUGGUGGUGGAUUAUUAAUUAAUGCCGGAAGUCUUCCUUUACAAAAUCAAGGAUUAAGUGGUGGCUUAUUAAUUGGAGGUGGUGGUUUAUCCCAAGGAUCUUACUCCCAGGGAGGAAGUAGUAGCGGAGGGUUACUAAUUCAAACCGGUGGAUUACAAACAGCUCCAGCUCCACAAUACAAUGCACCCGCUCCACAAUAUAAUUUACCAGCUCCGCAGUACAACAUUCCAGCACCUAAUUAUAAUGUAGCAACACUUGGACACAGUGGCGCAACUGGUGGUGGAUUAUUAAUUAAUACCGGAUCAAUACAACGACCUCUUCCACAACCAUUACCGCAGCCAAUUCCUCAACCCUUACCAGCACCUCAACCUCAAUUUGUUCAACAAGCUCCAUUGAUUCAAAAACAUAUUUACGUACAUGUUCCACCACCAGAGCAAGAAGAAGUCCAUGAACAAAGAAUUAUUGGGCAAAGUGUUCAACCAGUAAAACAUUACAAGAUCAUUUUCAUCAAGGCUCCAAGUGCUCCAGCUCCAACUCAACAACAAAUCAUUCAAGCUCAAGCACAGAACCAAGAGAAGACAUUAAUUUAUGUUCUAUCAAAGAAACCUGACGAUGUUGCUGAUAUUCAAUUACAAGCAAAUGUUGCACCAACUCAACCUUCAAAACCAGAAGUUUACUUCAUCAGAUACAAAACUAAUAAACAAAACUUAGGCGGUGGAGCCAUAAACUUAGGAGCCAGCGGUGGAGCCAUUAACUUAGGAGGCUCAGGAGGAGGUUAUAUUCAAGGUGGUAGUGCAUCCGAUAGUGGAUUGUCUUUAGGCUCUGGAUCACUUGGUACUUCAUCUCUUGGUGGUAGUGGCUUCAUUGGUGGAGGAAGUGGAUUAAGUGGAGGAAGUGUACAACUAGGAGGAGGUAGUGUUUCAUUAGGAGGGGGAAGUUCAGGUUUAACGACAAGCUACGGACCACCAAACCACUCUGGACCAUACAAACGAAGUGAUAAAACAACAAACAACAAACAA